AUGGAUUUCAAACCAAUAAGUGAUCGCCUGGCUGUGAUCCGCAUCAAGGCCACAUUACAGAACAUCAGUAUAAUAUGUGCACACGCCCCUACCGAUGAUGCUGAGGAGUCUAGCAAGGAGGAUUUCUACGACCUCCUGGAUAGAGCCUACGGAGCCUGUCCAGAGUACGACGUCAAAAUCGUACUCGGAGACUUCAAUGCAAAAAUCGGGAAGGAAGACAUCUUUGGCGGAUUAGUUGGAAAGCACAGCCUCCACGAAGAAACAGAUAACGGCUUCCGACUAAUCGACUUUGCUGCAGCUCGCCAUACGGUCAUAAGUAGCACUAGGUUUCCAAGACGAAAGAGGUCGAAGGAAUUAGCUUCUGGUUUCAGAACCAGGACACAAGCUCUUCGAAACAGUGAAGGAAACCUAGACACUGAAGAACAGGGAAUUGUAGAUGUUUUCAAGCAGCACUUCCAACAGCUGCUGAAUUUGCAAAAUGUCGAGCAAGAUAAUGACGAAAGAGAAGCAAGACCCGUCAAUGAAGACCCAGUCCCAGCCCCUAGCAGAGAAGAGUUAGAAAGAGCCAUUCAAAAGCUAAAAAAUAACAAGUCCGCCGGGUCGGAUGGCAUACCCGCGGAGCUCUUUAAACAUGAAGGAAGUGUUUUGAUGAACCGCAUGCACCAGGUCAUCACCAAAGUGUUGGAGGAAGAAUGCAUACCCACUGACUGGUCGAUACGCUCCAUAUGCCCCAUCUACAAAAAAAGCGACCCGAUGAUAUGCAAAAACUAUCUUGACAUAUCCCUGCUUAAUGUUGCAUACAAAAUCCUAAACCUUUCUGCAACACAAAUAUCGGCACGUACCAGUGUGGCUUUAGGCCAGGCAGAACAACGAUAG